CCCUUCCCGCCCCUCGCCCCGCCCCAAGAUGGCGGGCGGCGCCUGAGGGAGGAUCCGGUGCCGCCAUGGCCGCGACGCGGCUGGAGCUGAACCUGAUGCGGCUGCUGAGCCGGUGCGAGGCGCUGGCGGCGGAGCGGCGGGACCCCGAGGAGUGGCGGCUGGAGAAGUAUGUGGGUGCCCUCGAGGACAUGCUGCGGGAGCUGAAGAAGCAGUCGAGCAAGCCAGCCCCAGAACUGCUGAAUGAAUACUCUCGCAAAGUGGACUUCCUAAAGGGACUCCUAGAAGCCGAAAAAUUGUCCUCAUCGACGGAGAAGGCUCUGGCAAACCAGUUCCUGGCCCCCGGGCGCACCCCCACAACGGCCAAGGAGAGAACCCCGGCCACCAAAACAGUCCAUCUGCAGACCAAGGCUCGCUGCACGGGCCAGAUGAGGAGCGAGCUGCUUGGUACAGACCCUUUGGCUACCAAUGAUUCUGAGGAGUUGAACAUAAGGAAGCGGAAAGGCCUCCAGUCAGACGAGAAGCAGUCGGCAGUGGAGCUGGAUGCUGUGCUGCAGCACCACCAGGACAUGCAGGAGAAGCUGGCUGAGGAAAUGCUCAGCUUGGCUCGCAGCCUCAAGAACAACACCCUGGCUGCACAGAACGUGAUCAAACAGGACAACCAGACACUGUCCCAUUCCCUCAGGAUGGCAGACCAGAACUUUGAGAAGCUCAAGGAUGAAUCCGACCGCCUGGAGCAGCACGCGAAGAAAUCGGUCAACUGGCUGCUGUGGAUAAUGUUGAUUGUAGUUUGCUUUAUAUUCAUCAGCAUGAUUCUCUUCAUCAGGAUUUUCCCCAAAUUAAAAUGAUGCUUUUUUUUUAAAUUUCAUUUAAAGCUGCCAGCAGUGCAGCUGGAAAGCUCAGGUGGUGUGAGAACUGUCAGCAGUCAAUGUCUUUGCCACUUGUCAUGUCCUUAAAGAGGCUGUCCAAGGCCUACCCACCUUUGCAUCCCUUCCUUGUGCAGGCUUGGGUUCACGGGGAAGGUUUUCCACACUUGGAUACUUGGUUACUUUUUACCUGAUGACUGUUGCUGCUGCUGAGAGUUUACACGAAGCUGCUGACCAGGUCUUUACUGGGUACAUACAGUCAUUUUUAGCGUGGUCGUGGCAAAUGUUACGACUCCUAAAAGGCAUUUAGCCAAUGUGAAUAUAAACAACAGGUGAAGUCUUACACCCUUUCUUCACAGCUUCUCUGUACUGACCUACGACUUGCUGCCAACAGGAUAUUUAAUUUCAGUUCUGUACAUACACAGCUGUAGGGGCAGGAAGAGAAUUCUGCCGUUGAGGUACUUGCCUGGCUCAGAUCCAGAGUUUCCAACAGGUAAAACCCUUCUCAGGCUCACCUUUCUCCCAGAUGGGUAUUUGGGACUUAGGACUUCACAGUCUUCUUCAGUUUAGACUUAUUAUAGGUCUGGAGUUGCUGGCUGUUGCAGUGUUUGCUUCCCUUUUGUACGUGCAAACGUUCUCACUUCUCGUUGUUACGUUGAUGCCGUUGCACCAAGAAAACACCCUGACCUUGCCCCACAGAACUGUAAACACAGACCUCACCUGUGCAAACAUGUUUUCACUUUAAGAUGAGAGCAGAAGGAAGGUGGUGUCUUCUAGGUGGAAGUAAUAAU